UGUCGUACAGCGCCUUAGUCACUAUUUCAAAGCUAAAAAAAAAAAAAAAAAAACACCGUCGUUUUGACAGGUCUGAGGUACGUCAUUGCGUUCUCAGUGCAUGCGCCGAGUCACUGUGUUUUUUCGUAAUACUCGCGAUUUAUCAAAUAUUUGUGUACUAUGUUCUGUGAUUUCGAUAAAUAUGACCCAUCUUGUGAUAUUUUGGUGUUGUUUUUCAUAUUCAUGUUUUCGUUAAAGUAAUAUUCAAGAUUGGAAUGAAAGUUUCAAUAAGGUUUGUUUCGUUGGUUAAGACGACUAGGAGACAAUAGAGGUAUGUAAGAAAAGCUUAUAACUAUGUUUCCACCAGGAGUGUACUCUGCGGUAAAUAAUUUUACGUGUUUUUGGUUGUAUACAAGUUCAUUUAUAUGAAAUAGCAAAUCCCUUGUUUCGUUUGUGUUUGGGCACAGAUAAGACAUGAAAAAUCAUCGGUCAGGAACUAACCUCUUGACGUUACUGACGUUUAAUCUUCUCUCCAGUAUUUCCGUUAUGUUGGUAGCGUUAUUUAUUUAUUUUUCACUGCGCGCGCCAAUCUUACGACUUUUUUAUUGACAUCCGUGUUUAAUCUGUUCGAAGUUUGAACUAAGGCGUCGGUUUUUUCUUUCUCGUGAAAAUCUCCAUUGCGUUUGUAUUAUUAUUCAAAAUGCCGAAACGAAGGAACGAAGAAAGUGAAGAAGAUUAUUUAAAACGCAAAAUGAAGCGUUAUAAGAAGAAAUUGGAGGAGCUCUCUAUGAAAGAUGACGUCGAGAAACAACCACAUGUCGCCGAAAAAGAAAUUGUUGCAGAGGAGGACAAUGAGUUGCCAGAGGACAAUGUGUUAAUAGAGGACAACCAGUUACCAGAGGAAUUUCUUCUUGCCCUCGGCAGUGAGGGCGCAGAGAAAGAGGUUCGGGGAGAUGAAAUCCGACCGGAACUGGCAAAUCGUUGGAUAAAAUUAAUGAGUAAUGGACUGGGAAAAGAUGCACAAGAAGCCAUUUUCAAAAAAUAUCCGACACCAUCAAACUUUGACAGUGCAGAGGCCCCCAAGGUUAAUCCAGAAAUUUUGGCAUCUCUCUCACAGAUAACAGUCAAAAGAGAUAUGAGAAUUGUACAUCGGCAGAAUUUGACUGGAAAAGUAAUGUGUGCAUUAGGCAAAACGCUUACAAGCAUUCUGAAGGGUGAUAUAAAUUCUAAGCUCAUUAUAGAGCAGGUUAACGAUGCAGCAAAAUUAUGUGCCGAAAUUUACUAUCAAGAUUCUUCAUCAAGGAAGUUUUUUGCCCUCGCAGGAGCAGACCAAACCAUCAAAGAUGCUGUUCGUGACUCUAAACCAGAUAAAUUCCUUUUUGGAAUUAAUUGUGCAGAGAACAUUAAGGCUGCACAAGCUAUUAAAAAAACUGGAUCCCAAAUAAAGGCUGCCGAUUCUACACCACAGCAUAGUGCUACAAAUACAAAACCCUCUAAACAACAGCCUACAAGCAAAAAGCAGGGAAACUGGCGGGGCCCGCCACAACAAUUCCACCAGCGGGCACGUGGCGGGCAUCGUCCACAUCCAACACGGAAGUACCAUCAACACCAGCGGGAUCAAAAGAGGGACAAGUUCAUCCUCUGCAUCAACAGCUUACCCUGGCUGCAGGCUUGCUAUCAGGGAAGCGUACGUGAGACGCGGUGCCCCCACGUCAGCACUCCAAAUAAUGUUAAACUCAUUGUCAGCUAA